AUGCGAGACUACUUAGAUACCGGACAUAUGUCAGAAGUAGAGCACGAGCAAAAAAGUGAACGCAAUUCUUACUAUAUUCCACACCAAGCAGUCGAACGAUCCGGGAGCACUACCACAAAAAUGCGCAUCGUUUUUGAUGCCUCAAUGAAGACAACCUCUGGAAUGUCAUUGAAUGAUCAUCUCCAUUGUGGACAAAAACUUCAACAGGACUUGCCAGGUAUCGUUUUACGAUUCCGUCUUCACCCUGUUGUAUUCACUACAGAUAUCAAACAGAUGUUUCGGCAAAUAAAUGUCACCGAAACCCAUCGACCGUAUCAACGAUUGCUAUACCGAUUCUCAUCCAAUGAAGACAUCCAGGUAUAUGAAAUGAAUACCGUUACGUUUGGGUUGAGAUCAUCACCUUUUCUCGCUAUACGAACCCUUCAUCAACUAGUCCAAGACGAAGCAACAAAUGAUCCAAAAAUACAGACUAUUGUAAAACGGGACAUGUAUGUAGAUGAUAUAGCCACGGGUGCUGAAAACGAAGAGGAGGCCAUAAUGAUGCAACAAAGUCUAGUCAGCAUAUUCGCGAAAGGACACUUUGAGUUGCGAAAAUGGUCCAGUAAUUCAAAGAAGCUAUUAGAAAAUAUUCCAGAAGAUCAUAGUCAAACCCAUCCAGUCACGUUUAAGGAAUACGACUCGGACUACACCAAGGUGCUUGGACUCAACUGGCAACCGCGGAUGGAUUCAUUCAGUUAUAGUUAUCAACCUAACCCUGUGCGAUUUAGCAAACGUGCUAUAUUGUCUGAAAUUGCAUGA